AAUGCAGAUGUAGGGGCUGAUCUGGAUUACUUACCAGCGCUUCAAAGCCCUAGGAUUACUUCUGGAGCUAUACCAUAUGGCUGGCGAGGAAAACUAAGCAGGAUAAUUCGUCUCCCAAAGAUUGAUCUCGACAAUAAGAUCCACCCUCUUUUCCAGAGCAGAAGAUGGCCAGACCUCAAACGAGAAGACUACACCCUACUACUUCCCGCCCUCCGAAUCGCCACAAAAUUGAUGACCGAGCCCGCAAUUCUAAAAUGGUGGAAGCACACUCUAUUCGGUCGAGUGGAAGUCGACAAAUUCCGCAGACGCUACUUAGCAAACACGCCCUACGAAAGCAGCGACGAUGCAGACAGCGAGCUACACGUCUUCUUCACCAAAAAACUGCCUUACGUAUUAGAAAUCGGAUUCGAAAACCUCGACAAAAGCAUGGCACGCAUAGAUGGCUGCGCAUUCGGCAGCACCGCAGCGUACAUACGAUUCCGCCACAGCCUCAUACUGGCGGCUGCAUACCCCUUCUUCGACACUCCACGCAUCAUCCUGCACACCCAGUAUUUGUUCAGUCUCAAGUACCUCUUGAGCCACGGCGGCUCCGCUCACGAACUAAAAACGCUAUAUCUACAACUCGCAAUCACGCUAUGUCAUGAACUCGCGCACAUCGUGUGGCAAUACCGUCUUAGCAGGGAAGUCAAGCCUUGGGCCCCCGAAACCGAUUCCAUCGAGCCCCUCCACCAAGCCUCAGAGCACCUUGCCGAACUAGGUCAUUCCUGGGAACUCUACGUCUUCGGCGGCAGCAUCUGGACCCUAGAUCGCCCGGGCUUCUUCACCACAUUCUACAAACCACACAAUCUCGGCGCUGCAGCAUUGUCGUUUUCGAAAAUGUGCGUCGUGGUGCCGUACUGGUGGGUUGACAUGUGGUCGUCGACAGGAAUAUGGGAUCAUUUUGAAGACUUGUAUAGGCAGGGCGAGUUGCGCCUGCCUGGUAUGUGGGAGAGCGGGUAUGCUUUGUGCCAGGAGAAAACGGACAAGGGGACAGCGUCGGGUUGGACGCUGUAUAAGCGGAAUGUAGCUUUGAUGGACGUGUGCCGGAAGCCGGAGUUGAGUGUAUUUCAUCUUUGGCAUACGGUUAGGCCCAUGGUUCAG